UUCACUCGCAUACUCUACCCGCAAGAUCUCAACAUUCCAAAUCGAAAGCCGCCUCCAGCGUAUGCUCCUUGCUCCAACGAAAUGGCUCACAGAUACUCAACGGCGGAGAAAGGAAAGUGGAUCCUUGUACCCUCCCAACAAGAGAGACGCACACCCAUUAAGAUCCCAGAGAGUGACAACUCUGCGCUCAUUGAGGAAAAUAAACUUAUCCUGAUAGGAAGAGUGAUGAAUCCGCUAGUCCAAAAACCUCACUGGCUACCAAUCAGUCUACCUUCCAGGGAAGUCAUCUGGAUUACUCUAGAAUACGAAAAGCUUGAAAAGCACUGUUUCCACUGCUACUCCCUCAUGCAUGAGGAAAAGGAAUGCCCUCUGAAGCCCGCUAACACAACCACAGAACAAACUACCAGAGGAAUAAACCAACUCAACACGGUUUCAACCCUAGAAGAAUAUAAACGGAGGAACCAGAAUAGACUGGGAGACCUUCCACCAAGAAGACCUGAAGCUUCACAGAAUAGAGAAAUCUCCAGUUACCACCACAGAGAUUUACAACCCCGGGAAAGAGACCAAUCUCAUUCUGACAACAGGAGAGACUGCUCUCCCAGGAAAUCAAGAGUCUUGGAAGAGCGCCUCCGCUACCCACCUCAUUGGGACUCUCACAGAAAUGCCAGCUGUGAAUACAACCGCCCAGAUGACAGGGCUUCGAGCAGAGGAGACUCUCGGCUCCACUUGAAGGAAAGAACUCCUCAAUACUUCAGACCCAUAGCUCGGAACGACAAAGAACCCUCCUCUAAAGCGGGCAGCAAAUCAGAAAAUGCUGACAUAACUAGCCCACCGAGAUUCAUUUCAGACAUCCAAGGUAACUUGCACAGGACCACACCUCAACCCUCCCAAAGAACUCAAAUCUCUCAUACACCCUCACCAACCCCUUUAAGAGAACCUAUGUUAUUACCGUCGCAUACGGAAGUAGGGGAAGGCAUCAUCCCAUCAGCUCAACGCAGAUCAGCCUUGGACAGAAUUUCUUCACAAAGUCCCCCAGUCCCUCCAAGGAGCCACGAGGGAUCUAGUCUGCUCUCUGAACGUCUCCAGGAAGUGGAAAUCCAGUACGACGAAAUCAUUGGAGGUCAGACAAAUGAAAUCCGCUCUUCAGUAGAACAUAUUCAUUCCUCCCUCCGCCUGGGAGCACCGACGACUUUGAAACGUAAACCUGCAAGACAAACCACAAAGAAAACAGCUUCAACCUCUAAAACAAUAGCGAAGAAAAGAUCCACAGGAGCCAAAGGAAAGUCAAUCCAGAGCCCAUUACAGGGAGCAAACACAAGGAAACGUCUAACUACCCUGAGA